AUGGUUCUGUUGAAUUUUAGAUCUGUUGAAAUGAAACGAAGCAUUGUGCAGGAUGGACAAAAUGGGACGAUGUUUGCUGUCCAGCACAGCCUAUUUUGUGACAUAUACAGAGACUUAAGUCCAAGACAACACAAUAUUUGUCGAAACAAUUUGCUUUUAAUGGAAAGUGUUAUUGAGGGUGCCAGAUUGGCAAGACAAGAAUGUAUUAAACAGUUUAAUAAUGAACGAUGGGAUUGUUCGAGCAUUUCAGGAAAAUCUACAGCGCUUGGCCUAAUGACAAAAUACGGUAAGUGUAAAGCAAGUCUGUUGUUUUUUUCACUUCACCAUUUGAUACUUACGUCACAAAGACUUCUUUGGCCCGGGUGCCUCGCUCUCAUGAAUCAAGAAGUGAGAGAUUUGUGACGUAAUUAUCAGAGCAGAGAUUUGUGACGUAAUUAUCAAAACGAUGUAUUGUAAUAAAAACAUCAGCUAAUUUAUAUAUAAAGGCAUUUGCUAGAUAGUAUACUUCAAAAUAAGGUUUCUAUUUUUAUAUCAAUUUUUAAAAUAAAUUAGGGUUAGGUUAGAGUUGGGUUAAGGUUGGGGUUGGGGUCAGUGAAAGGGUUAAAAUUCGUUCCUCAUUUUUUCUCUACAUUUGCCCAUUUUUUUAGGGAGAAUUUUUCCUUUUCAGAAGUUUAUUCUGAUCGUUUUUUUGGGGGUUGUGGGGAGGGCCUUAGCCACUUCUACUUUUACUUCUGGGGGGGUGAGGUACUAAGAACGUCUGCACAACAGGAGUUGUCAACAGUCUAAAUUAUCUAUUGCAAUUAUUUAUUUAUGAGGGCCACAGGUUCAUUAGUACUUCGUACUAUUAAAGAUGCGGUACAGUCCGAUCUGCGCCUGUGCACAAAGAGGAGCCCUCUUUUUAUUUACAAACAGUUUAUUUAGGUUUUUAUUUCAUUUUAUGUUCUUGCAAAGCUUGAUUGUUGUGUCUUGAUAAUUUGUUAUACUCUAGAAUCGUGAAAAUAUAAAUAGUUGUCGAAUAAAAUUCAAUGUUUUGGAUACCGAAAUGUAAACAAAGCCUUUGUUUACAUACGGACUGUACCGCAUCUUUAAGUGUCACCCUCUUUAAAUAAAGUCUCUAUCUACCUAUCUAUAAGUUCUUUGUAAGUUUGCAUGGCGAUAAAACAUAUAAUAGCUUUGUUUGUGGAAACACCACGUAAAUUUAUUACUGCCAAAUUAGAAUCACUUCACUACGUUUGAAAUGACGUGUUGAUGUGCCGUUUAAUUAAAUUUCAAAUGAUGCGAACCAACAGAUCACCAAUUGAACAAGUCGCAUAUUAUUACUAUUAGCACUGAUGAAGAUCCGGGCUUACGGAUCGAAAGCUUUGCAGUAAUAAAUUUACGUGAUGUUUCCACAAACAAAACUAUUAUAUUUAUUUAUUUAUUGUAACUUAAUUACUUACUGUGGAUGCAAUGGAAGUGUUGAUAAAAUAUUGCAUGAAUUCAUUUCCUCAAGUUGAUCAAUUAAUUUGAUAGAAAAUUGAUCAACUUCCUGUUACUUUUAGAUGAGCCAAUUAGAUUCCGUUUCAGAACCGAUUGACCAAUAGGAAACGCACAGGAAGUAAAAAGAAAUUUGAAUUCAGUUCAUAUUGAUCAACUUGAGGAAAUUAAUUCAUGCAAUAUUUUAUCAACACCAGUGCUCCACUUACAAGGAUUUUUCUUUGCAGCAAGGAAAUAUUGGUCCUUGCAAGGAACUUACAAGGAAAUAAAAUUUACAAGGAAAUGGCAAGGAAAAAUACAAAAAUUAAAGGAAAUUGCAAGGAUUUCUGUAACUUAUACAGUGUACCAGUUACGAGUCUUAAAUGAUGCUCGAUUUCUGGUAAGGUCUAUGAUACAUUUGCCUCAAAUAUGCCUGAAUUUUCUUAAUUUUUUCCAUCGUUUGGGUGACAAGGAAAUUUUGUGGGAAAAAAGGAAUCAGUUUGGAGAUUGUAAAAGGAUUUUUGAACAAGCGAUUGUGGAAGCACUGAUCAACACUUCUAGAGGGUGUGCAUCGGAUCGGAUUGGACGUUUAUAAUCCGACAAUUGCCUAAUGUUUAAAAUCUGAUCCGAUCCGAAGUUGUCUAAUCCGAAUCCGAUCCGAGUUUUCAUAAAGAAUUCCAAUCCGAUCCAAUCCGAAGAAUUCUUUAAUAAAAUAAAUUUCUCAUUCAAGUUGAAAUAUUUAAUCAAAUAAAUAUAAAAGCAAGAAAUACAUGUCAAGAAGCUGACAAAGUGACGUCCAAUUGAAGUAUGAAACGAAUAAUGCAGCGACAACCGCGAUAAUGUUUUGAUAAAUGCAUGGAUAAUUAAUUCUUGCGAUAAUGCGUGGAUAAUUAAUUCAUUUUAUUUCGGAUAUCGAAGUCCGAUCCGAUCCGACUACGAAACAACUUUAUCAAUCCGAUCCGAAAUCCGAUCGGAAUCGGAUUCGGAUCGGUUUCGGAUCGGAUUUGCACACCUCUAAAUACUUCCGAUUGCAUCGACAGUAAUUAUUGCACAAUAAAAUCGUUAAUAUCAUAAAAUACCUUUCACUGAAGUUUUGUAAUGUUGACAAAAAUGCAGACUAUUCUAAGAUAAUUAGUGCAUAAUACUAUUACAGUAAUCUCAUUAAACCAAUAGAACUUUUAAACUAAUUUUAUACCAACAAUCUCAUUUAGUAUCAAAUUGGAUAUAGAGUUCUCGUGUCUCCGUGGAUAAAUCGUUUGUGGUGUUUUUUUGUAAAUUUACUCUUAUAUUUGGGUUUUUGUUAUCGUGGUCAUCUGUUGUGUCGCAGUGUUUGUCAUUAUUUUUUUUUUAAACAGCUUUAUUAGGAACUAAAUAUAUUACAUUAAUAAGGUACAAAUACAACAAACAUGCAGUUCCUAAACGGGAAAAUAGCGAACGGGCCAUAAUAGCCCAUGCGAGGCUACCUCCCGAUUUGACUUCUGUCGACCUAUGUUAAAAUAAUUAUUUGUAAGCCAGAUAAAACGUCAUUUGGUGGCAACAAUCAUAAAAGAUCAUAUGAACAUAUGAACAUAUCGUGAAUUUGGCUUGUCGCUCAAUAUCUUGUCUCUUGCUUAUUGGAUUUAUUUCAAUUUUUACCUGUGUAUAACGUACUUUGUCACUGUCGUCGUGUCAGGUUUAUGGUGCUUUCAAGUAAUAUACAAUUUAAAUAAUAGGCGUUUUUUAAAAUUUUGACCGUUGGGAAUUUUUUUAAAUCACUUAAUUUGCGUCGUUCGUCAUGGCAACAUCUCUAUCAACCUGAAAUCGACCUCGCUUCACUUAAAGUCGAGCUUCAACAUUGGAUUCGUGUUUGUCUGCUCCUUCGUAUCAUCCUGAACUAAUUAUUUCUGUUUGUGGUGUAGUUUUUCGUGAUUUUUUUCCUGCUCCAUUGAUCUUGUAUAGUAAUGUGCUGUCACGCCGUCUGGUGACCUUUAACUUUGUCGAACUUCUCUGGUUUCAUUCUGGGGAUUUCCCUACAAAGUUGGGUCAACGCGAUAUUACCGUCAAUAACGAGCGUGGAUGUGUAUUAUUUGGGAUACCGGUAUAAAGCGCGGUAACAUUGAAAUAAUUUAAUGAUCAUGCAUGAUUGACAAAAGAUCCUUAAAAAGCUAAUUGCUAAUUGGAGCUAAUUUGGAACUAAAUUUGGAACUAAUUAGGACUAUAUUUGGAACUAAAGUUUGGAAAAUGAGAGCAAAAACACGUCUAAAUAAGCAAAACCCUUUGGCUGUAUGGUUUGUUUUUAUUGUUUUAGCGUGUUGGGCCGUUGGCUAUCGACAACUGAGAUUAUUCAACCAAAAUCAACAUCUAUUUCCCAGGUUCAGAACUUGCAUUCAGUUCUUACUAUUAAAGUCAAUAUAUUUACCAAUACAAGUACAACGUACGUUAGUCCAUUCAAAACCAGGAGGCGAAUGAAAUUUCUAGCUUCGAGAUUUCGAUACUACGCCAACUCUGAUGCCUCGUUUAAUGUAGAAAAGAAUCCAGGUCCAUCAGUUUCAAGCAAAGAGAAAAAUCUUUCCGUCGUUUUGCAAAACGUACGAAGUCUCAAGUCUGUCCAGUUAGACAACUUGACCAAUUGUCGAGAAUGCAAACUGUCUUCAUUUCAAGACAUUGUUUUAACAAACCAAUUUGAUAUAAUUGCGUUGACUGAAACCUGGUUGAAUGACUCAAUUUCAAAUCUUGAAAUUAUACCGAGCGGAUACCAAAUUAUUCGAAGAGAUAGAGAAAACAGUAAGCGUGGCGGUGGUGUAUUAUUAGCUGUGAAAGAUUCAAUUACAACUGAGUGAACCAUUCCAAUAUAACUCUGGCUCCCUAGCACUAACAAGUGUCGUGAUCAAAUCAUCCUCAAAACUCCUGCUGGUUGCAGUGUGUUAUCGACCUCCGAAUGCUGGCUUAGAAUUUGUACAUCAUUUGAACACAUUUGUGCAUUUUUCCAAGGAAUCAAAAUUUAAUGAUAUUAUUGUCCUCGGAGAAUUUAAUUAUCCAUCUAUCCAGUGGUUGGACGGGUCCGGGUUUUCUGACUUAUCGCUCGAAACGGCAUUUACUGACAUUUUACUUCAGGGUGGGCUUUUCCAACUAGUAAAUUCACCAACCAGAGGACAAAACACCAUCGACUUAAUUCUGAGUACUGACGAGAAUCUAAUCGAUAACAUAGACAUUACUGAUGACGAAGCUGUUUCGUUACCAUCCGAUCACAAAGCUAUUACUUUUGACAUCAACAUCAACAGAAAGUUAAAGCUGACAGCGAACAGACUCUCGUACAACUACAGUAAGGGAGACUUCAAAUCUCUCCGAGAAACCCUAUCAUUUUUACCUUUAACUGAUAUUGUUGAGGGUGAGAAUAACAUUGAUAUUGCGUGGUCGAAAUGGAAAGACACUUUUCUCGCUGCAAUUGAUACCCACAUCCCUAAGCAACAAGUACGACGGUUAUCUACCCCUCCAUACAUCACAAGUGACAUUAUUCACGCCCUGAAUAAAAAAGACACGUUGAGAAAACGAGCAAAAAAAUCUAACUCGUCACUUCUUUGGGAAAAAUUUCGUGACAAACGUAGGGACAUUAAACGCAUGAUUAAAUUGAAGAAACGAGAGUACAUGCAAAACCUAGCAGAAUCGGUAAAGUCCAAUACUAAAGAGUUUUGGAAAUUCUUUAAAACCAAAUCCGCUAAGUCGCCUCUCCCAGUCACAAUGAACAUGACUGGCGAAAAAUACAAUUCUUCGUCAGCGAAAGCUGGCGCUUUUAACCAGUACUUUGCUUCCGUAUUUCUUCCUAAACCCUCCACUCCUCUGUGUACUACCUCCGUAUCAGUACAGGACCAACUUGAUACGAUUACUGUGACAGCCGAAGAAGUUAAUGCGUUGCUAUCCAACCUAUCAACAGCAAAGGCUACAGGUCCAGAUGGGAUUUCAGCCAGACUUUUGAAAGAGUGUUCAGGUGUGCUUGCUCCCUCUCUAACAUCAUUGUUCAACAUGUCGUUAUCUCUCGGUAAAGUACCAACAGAGUGGAAACAAGCAAAUGUUGUUCCUGUCCCUAAAAGUGGCGACCCCCAUGUAAUUAGUAAUUAUCGACCGAUCUCCUUAUUAUCGCUGAUUUCCAAAGUCCUUGAACACGCAAUCCAUGUCCGAGUUUCUGCUUUUGUUAAACCUCUAUUACAUGAUCAACAACACGGUUUCCGUACAGGUCGGUCCUGCAUUACUCAACUCCUUGGUGUGAUCCACAAUGUCGGUAAAGCACUUGACUCUGGAAAAGAAACGGACAUGAUCUACCUCGACUUUUCCAAAGCAUUCGACUCGGUUCCCCAUGACAAGCUUUUAUUCAAGAUUCAUCAAUUUGGGAUCUCGGGUACACUCUUGUACUGGUUUUCUGACUACUUGAAGGAGCGAAAGCAGCGUGUGGUAAUUGACGGAUUUUCUUCUACGUAUCUGGACGUAACAUCUGGAGUACCACUAUACAAUUACUUUAUGGUUUCCGUGUUUGGCUGGCCUGAUCCAAACACGCGGGAAUGUUGCGACAGUUAAGAAAAGCACGCAAAAGCACGAGCCGAAGGCGAGUGAUUUUGCGCGCUUUUCUUAACUCGAGCAACAUUCCCAAGUGUUUGGAUCAGGCCAUCCUAACAGGGAAACCAUAAAGUAAUUGUUUUAUAAAAUAACAACAACACGAUAGUCUUCCGUGUUUGGAUGGCCUGAUCCAAACACGGGUUUCGACCAAUCAGAGCACGCGUUAUAUACAUGUUAUUUUAUAAAAGGCAGUAUUAUCGGGCCUUUGCUUUUCCUAAUUUACGCUAACGGUCUUCCCGUUUGGUUCCCAUGUUUGCGGAUGACAGCAAAUGUUUUCGAUCUAUUCACAAUUCACAAGACAGCAACCUUCUGCAGUCUGACAUUAACUCGCUCUGUAAUUGGUCGUCUACUUCGAAAGAGAUCCAUCCAACAACCAGAGUACCAUCUUAACAACGAACUUAUCCCAUUCAAAUCCACUCAACGAGAUCUUGGUAUCCAAGUAAGCAGCGACUUAAAGUGGUCACAGCACAUCAGAAAUGUUGUGGCAAAGGCCAACCGUAUGCUUGGUUUUCUACGUCGCAAUUGUGUCCAUCUAACAGAUGUAAAUUCCAGACGCACAUUAUAUAUAUCGCUUGUUCGAGCUCAGUUAUGUUAUGGUAGUGAAUUCUGGGCACCACAAACAACGUCGAAAGACCUACUGCGUAUUGAGGGAAUACAACGACGCGCGACUAAAUUUAUUCUGCAAGACUACAGGUUAACAUACGUGGAACGCCUGAAAAGACUAAACCUUAUCCCAAUAUCGUACUGGUUUGAAAUAAAGGACAUAACGUUUUUCUUUAAAUGCAAAGUAGGAUAUUUUGACUUAAAGCUCGAGGACUAUGUUGUUCAACCACCUCAUCACCAGACUCGCUUUAGCUCAGCCAACACUCUCCGACCUAAUUUAUGCAGAACAUCCUUCUUCAGAAACUUCUAUUUCAACAGAGUGGUUCUAAUGUGGAACAACCUACCAUCAACUAUUAAAUCAUCGCUAACCUUCUCUUCGCUCAAAAUUAAACUAUACCACUACUACUAUGAGAAAUUGAGCUUAGAUUUUGAUGUCGAUCGACCAAGAACUUGGAAAUCUUUGUGUACAAAGUGUCGCUCCUUUGACAUUACUUGUUGUUCGUAAACGUGUAAACUGUAAAAAGUAGUAUAAAAACUCUAAAAAAUUUUUAAAAAAUCAUUUAUUUAACAAUUAUUCGCCGAAGGCGAGGUGAUUAUCGGUGAAUAAAAACCGAGACGAAGUCGAGGUUUUUAUUCACGAUAAUCACCGAGCCUGAGGUGAAUAAUUGUUUUAGUAUAAUUUCAUAGGUGAUUAUUUGGAAAAAAUAAGAAAAUACACAUUUCUUCGGCUUCGGCCGCCAUUUUGAAAAUCGCUUAGGUGAUUAUCGCGUAAUAAUCACCUCAACGGCAACCAAUCAGCGUGGAGAAUUUUCAAUAAUCACCUAUGUAAUUAUACUAAACUCUGUUAAGACAAAAAGACGGUUCUAGCCAGAUAACACUUUAAGUUAGAUUAAUAAACAUGUAAAUGUUAUGCAUGUUAGCAGAAAUAGUUUUGGUGGGACUUAAUUGGAUCUUAUUUAAGAUCUGUUGUCCUUUUCCUUCAAUCAUUUGUUAAUAUAUGUUAUUGAUUGUAAAGUUAAUAAAAAAAAAAAUUAAAAAAAAAAAUCGCCUGAGAAUAUUUGUGAAAUAAAUGGUCGGAUUUAAGAAGUCUGCUUACAACUUGAGUUGUGUGCUUGAUUUAUACAGUAAGCUUGAUUUAUACUUGAUUUAUACUCUACACAAAAAUUGUGUAGUGGAAUUUAACAGGUGGAAACUAGGAGAACUAAAAUGGAUAAUCAUUCAGAAAAAACUGCGGGGGAUAUACUGAUUCAUGGACCCUGGAUUUUUCUUCAUGGACCCUGGAUUUGCUUAUUACUAAUUUCAAGCCACGUUUUUCUAUAUACUAUAGGAUUGGUUCACUAUAAAGAGAACAAUAUUAGUCUUGCUAUACACAUGCAUUCUUCAUUCCAAGAAAAGAUUAGAUGUUAACUCCUAGUAAUAUUAAAUAUUUUACACUUCCCAAUGUUUGGCAGAUUGACUAGAUUUAUAAUGGAUCAAAUAGCUUUCCAAGAUCUUCAACUAUGAAGGAUUUCUAUUCAAUAUUGACAAUCGCAUACUCAUUAUACAUGCGAUAGUUGAAGAGACAUAUACUAAUGUCAGUUUGAGGCGCAUGAAUGGUCUGGCCAUCUGGGAUUCUCAUCUUCUUGCAAUAUGCACUUUCCUGCUCAGUAAAAAUUCCCCUCAGACUCCUUAGAAGUGUGUCCCAAGUUCACCAAAUUCUACUACUGCCCCACAACAGCGCAGGUUUUCUCCGGGUAUCCCGGUUCUUCUGGGCCAAUGCAGGGAUGAUUCUUACUGGAUUUCUAUGUGGAACAGUGAAAUAUUAUUAUGUUCAUGCUUAACUGCUAUACAGGGUGUAUCAAAAAAAGCGCAACCUCGGAAUUUCCCAAGAAAUCGACAUUGUUUUAAAGACAAAAGAUUUUAGGCGCCUGUGAAUUUAAAAUAGCAUAACUGUCAAAAUUACUGCACACGCGAGUGCAUAAAGCAAAAUUUAUGCAUUUAUUUAAUGCACAACAACAGUAAUAUGAUCUAUUAGCAAUUCGAUUUCAAUUCCCAGGGGCCUAAAAUCUUUUAUGUUUAAGAAUUGCAAAGUGGUUUCUUAGGAGAUUCCGAGGUUGCGUUUUUAUUGAUACACCCUGUAUUGUCAUUUGUUCUACAGCAACUAAAGAAGCCGCUUUCAAUUACGCCUUGGUUACUGCUGGCAUUGUUCACGUAAUGGCAAAAAAUUGUAUGAA